AAAUCGUAAUCGCAGGAGUCACGUCAGUACACGAGCCCUUAAAUUAGGCAGUCCCCGCCCGACUAUACAUUUCCUGACUGCACCAGGUUUGCCGACAAUGUCGACUGUAGAGGACCUCCAACGUCAGCUAAGAGAACUUCAAGAGCUAAGGAACCGCGAUAACGAGCGCCUAAGACGUGAGAAGGAAGAAGCAGAAGCGCGAGCGGCGGGAGCAGAAGCGCGAGCGGCUGGAGCAGAAGCGCAAGCAGAACAGGCGCUACGCCAAACCCGCAAGACAACCCUAGAAGAAUAUCUGCAAGCAUGCCAUGAGCACGUCCUAACCAAAAUUACCCUUGUUACUGAUGGCUACCUUACCUCAAGAGUGCCUACCACAAAUCCUACUAAGAAACACUGUCCUUGCCUCCUCAAACCGUGGGACGAUUUCCUCGACAAGCAGAUUGACAUGCUCCAGAGGAUGGCCUGUACUCUCCCCAGCGACAAGCGCUUGUUUGAGAACAUUGCCUCGCUUAAGGCCAUUGGCGAGAGAGCUCACGCACGACAGGUGACGAGUGAGUCCUCGCUCGUUUUUAUCGAGAACAACUGUGUUGAGGACCCUGUUCGCAUUAUUCUGUCCGAACUCAAGAACUUCCAGUCAUCGCAGCUCGGCUUCUUUAUCCACGACGGCGUGUUUUUCGAAACAACAGCUAGCAACCUCCGCGAUGAGUCCGAUGGUAGAGAUGCGGCAGCCGAGCGAGACAGCAAGCUCAGGACGGACCAGAUCUGCGUCUUUCGAGACGCCAGCGGCCAAAGAGAAAUUGCCUAUGUCAUCGAAUACAAAGCACCGCACAAACUCCACACGACACACCUUGAGCAGGGCCUGCGGAAGAUGCGCAUUGCAUACGAAGUCGUAAACAAGCCCACUAUCCCGACCACGGAACCUGACAAAUUCAAACACUACGCAGAGCUUCUCUCCACCGCGGCCGUCACACAAACAUACCACUACAUGCUGGAGGCUGGGCUGGAAUACGGCUAUCUGACGAAUGGGGAAGCUAUUGUCUUUUUGAAGAUCGACUGGGCCGACCCGACGGUGCUGUUCUUUCAUCUUGCCCAGCCUUCACGUGAAGUUGUGGUAGACGAAGAUCCCAUUUACAGCAAUGCUGUCUCGCAGGUGCUGGCAUUUACUCUCCUUGCUCUGCAGGGAAGCCCGCAUGGCAAUGACGAGCGCACGGCCGCGACUAGUAAAUGCGAUAAAUGGGAAGUGGAUUUUAGCUAUAUCCUGGAUAAAGUCAUUCAAAAUGAGGAGAGAGAGGCACAGGAAGCCGGCCCAAAAACACCGCAAGCAAAGAAACACCGUCGCACGCCAAGCAGUCCCGAAUGGCUGCCGAAGCCGAUCAAGAAGACAAAGAGAAACCCAAAGCUGCAGCUAGAGCGCGAGCGGGAUGGUCAUUUUCCAUCCUACCACAGACGCGGAGGGCAUGAUGGGGGCCCUGGCGGAGAGGGCCCUGGCGGUCUAAACCAAGGGAGUGGUGCUGCCUCGGGGUCGAUCUCACAAAGCGGCGCCAGCCAAGCACCGAGUGGGGACUCGGCGUCUACACCAUCAGCACAGAGCGGCAGCGGAGGUAGGGAUGAGAAAGGUGGCAGAUCUAGGCAAAAUAUGCCUUACUGCACGACCGACUGUCUCCUUUCACUCGUGCAUGGUUGGGCACCGGAUAUGAAGUGCCCAAACAUACAGCUGCAUAUGCGGAAAGGGGUAACUGACAAAAAACGACACCCCGUCUCGUAUACGGACUGGAUGUCACUUCUUCAGCAACAGCUCUCUCAAAGCCUAGAGAAGGGUGUCAGAAAACUGGGCCAGGAGGGUUCCUGCGGCGCUCUGUUCCAACUUACGCUUCUACAGUAUGGAUACACUUUCGUCGCCAAGGGCGCCACGGGGCGCUGCGCACCCAUGCUGCAACAGGAAGAAGCCGUUUACCGAAAGCUACAGCCUCUACAGGGUCGCCACAUCCCCGUAUGUCUCGGCUCUAUCGACCUCCAUCGCCUAGGUCAGGUCCUGUAUUACUACUUUGACGUGCGCAUCGUCUACUUUCUUCUCUUAUCUUACGGAGGCUCCAAGCUUCGGGUGCCCUCGGACUCUAAGGCGCAGGCAUGCAUUAUCAAGCACGUUGCUACCAUAUUGAAGCAAAUGCAUCGCCUAGGAGUGGCUCACGCCGAUAUCCGUUUGCCAAAUGUCUUGCAGGAUCCAGCUGGGCAUGUGGUCAUCGUGGACUUUGACCAAGCUUCGAUUUCACCCGAGGUCGCCCGCCGCGCUAGAAUCGCGCUCUCGCCUAAUAAACGGAGGAGGCUAAUGGAAGAAGCCGUCUCGGCGGAGAAGGAGCAUCAGUUCAAGGUGCAAAUGGACAUGGCCAAUGUACGGAGUCUUUUUACUCUAGAUAUAGGAAGGAUUAUCCAGCCUCAGGUAGAGGAAAGAGAUGUAAACAGAGUAUAAUAAUCAAAGGAGUUUCUAGGAGGUAGACUUACCAUAGAAAAAGAGUUUAAGCAUGGUAGUCUGUUUAAAGAAGUAAGCUAUUCUGUGUGAAUUUGAUUCUUAAUCCGCGCCCAUGAUUCACCUCGUUAAGAGAAACGAUUUACAUGUGAACUGAC